AUGGGUGGAGGAAAGGGAGAGUUCAGCAAUGAGGAUCAGCCUGCAAGCUUCAGUCUUUUCUUCCGGGGAGAGAACAGCCAUGCCAGCUGGAUGCCUUUCCCCUCCUCUACCACUGUUCACCAAUGGUGUGAGAUUUUACAGCCCUUCAAUGCCCCGUCUCAGCUGAGCAGGCUGAUUGCAGGUCGCCCUCGGCUCUGCCCCAGCUGCUCCAUCAUCCACCACUUCCCACCAGUCCUUUCUCCCCCACGGCCUGGCGCCUCACAGCAUGAGGACAUCCCUCCUCCUGUCUUUCUGGGUGGUGCAAAGGACUCGGCUGGAAGGUGCCAGUUCUGCCUGCUGCUUUCUGACCAGCCCAUGAAAGAAGGCAGAUUUCACGCACCUCCAAGAGCAAAGACAGCCAGAAAAUGGCCCUCAGAGCAGCAGGACGUGCUGAUGGCUUUCCCAUGUCUCAAGAAAAAUUACUUCUGGGAGGGAGACGGAGAGGAAGCAAGCGGGGGCGAAGGGAGGAAUGGCAUACCGGAGUCGGUCCCCUGGCAGGAGCAAGAAGAAAAUAUGACUGUAACAGAGGAUUUUAGUAGAGUAGAAAAUACUUACCAAAUGGAAGCAGAGGUCUGUAUUAUAUUCAGUGAUUUUGGAAAAAUGCAGAAUGUUUGCAAUCUACUCAUUGAAAAGUUAGGAACCUCUGUUACCAUCAGUCCACCUCACUUCUACCAUACACCAGAAGCCAUAGACACCCUUCGCCGUCAAGUAUGCGUUGCCGCCGUUGGAAACACACAUCGGAAAGCUCAAGAAGUCUGUCGACUGUUUGGCCAGUCGUUGGGAAAACCUUUAUUAAUAAGAGAAGAAGAAACAAAAGAAUGGGGAGGCCACGUAGACAGUCAUCUAUCAAAAUCCCCGGAUUCACUGACUCUGCAGGAAAGAAUCCAGAAUGCUACUGCUUAUGCUUCUUGUAGAGUGUUUGCUGUGUUUGAGAUAAAGGGAAAAGAAAACAGAAGAAACAAGUUGCUCUAGAAACUUUCAAAUCCUACACGUUUUCUUAAUAAAAUUUUUAUGCUUUAUU